AUCCCCAUAAAUUGUUCGACCGCACACCAAAUUAAAUCACACAAAGACUGACCGUCGUUGAGGUUGGUUUGAUAUUUAUUUUUUUGCUCGCAUUGUACCCCGAACAGAAAACGUUAGCUAAAAUCAAGUGAUUAUAUUUUGGUGUGUUGUGAAUUCGAAUUUUUUUUUUCUUGUGUCCGAUAAGUUUCUGACAUCGAAACAAAAUGAUGUGUUUCAAAGUCGCGUUGUUAUUUUUUGCUUGCGUUAGCAUCGGUUCGGCUGUCAAAUUAGAGGAAAAAUUCCGAUGGAAAGAAGUUUCGUAUGCGUGGCCAUCAGACGCAGCCAAAGAAGAAGCUAUUACCGGCAAACGAUACGUACCCGAGAAUAAUUUGCUGCUCGGGCUAGACGUGCAUAAAGAUAGGUUAUUCAUCACGGUUCCAAGAUGGAAGUCUGGAGUUGCAUCAUCAUUGAAUUAUGUCAAAGUGUCGAGCGUAGAGGCAAGUCCGGUAUUGGUGCCGUAUCCAAGCUGGGAAGCAAACACCAUUGAAGCUGAUGUAUCACAAGGGCAAGACCGUUUGGGUGGCCGUGCCGAUGCUCCCGAAGCAAAAGUCGUCGACGGACAACUCCGGGAUAAUUCGUCAAUUAUAUCGACAUUCCGUAUUCAAGUUGAUGAAUGCGAUCGAUUGUGGGUAAUGGAUACUGGUUUGGCCGAUAUCUUGGGCAGUCCCAAACAGAUUGCACCACCCGCAUUGGUAAUUUUCGACUUAAACACUGAUACACUAAUUAGACGAUACACAUUCACAUCAAGCGACCUCGGCCAUAAUAGUUUCCUUGCAAAUGUGAUUGUCGAUGUGCCGAAGCAUGAAUGUGGCAAUGCAUAUGCGUAUGUUCCAGAUUUGGGUGGUUAUGGUGUCGUCGUUUAUUCAUUUAAAGAUAAUAAAUCGUGGCGUGUUAAGCACAAUUUCUUCCAUUUCGACCCAUUGAACGGUGACUUUAAUGUUGGAGGUGUGAAUUUCCAAUGGACCGACGGAGUGUUUGGCAUGGCUUUGGGCAAACCAUCGAGCGAAGGCUCUCGUACCGUGUACUUCCAUGCAUUGGCCUCUACGAAAGAGUUCUCUGUACCAAAUUUCGUGCUACAAAAUGAGACACGUGCAACGAGUUCAGAUGCUUAUUAUGACUACUCAUUGGUUGGUGACCGUGGUUCGAAUGGACAAGCAACAGCGGAAGCAUUGCAUGAAAAAACAAACGUUUUGUUCUACACACAAGUGAAUAAAGACGGUGUCGGUUGCUGGAAAGCAGACAAACCAUUCAAUCCAGACACACAAGGUCUUGUCGAUUCCGAUUCCGCUGCGUUGGUCUUCCCAAACGAUUUGAAAAUCGAUGGAGAUGAUAAUUUAUGGAUCUUAUCCGACCGUUUGCCCGUGUUCAUGUACAAAAAAUUAAAUCCGGAUGAAUUUAACUACCGCAUUUUGAAGGGCAAAGUCAAUGAUUUGAUCUUGGGCACACCAUGCGAAUAGAAGAAGAAGAAGAAUAAAAAAAACAGCGAACAAACAAACACAUGCGUACCAAUAUACCAUUUCCGAUUCUCAAUCUUUGGUUCAUUUUUUUUUCUGUUUAGUAUUCAUAUUCAGUGCUGCGUGAUUUUGAUCGAAAAAUUCGAUUUUAUGUUGUUGUUUUUUUUAUUAAAAAUGAGAUAUUUGCGAUGCAGUAUGUAUACAAAAUUAUUGAUCUAUGGCAUAUAAACGUAUAUAAACAAUGUUAUAAUAUCAAUAAAAGCAUAAAAGGAAAAAAA